AUGGCUCCACGGGUUAUUGCUCAACCGUCUCUCGACGCCGUGAAGGAUGUCCUCGCGCAAUCAAGGGGGUCCCCGAACCCGCCGAACAUGGUCCCGGUAACGGCGUCGAUACCUGCAGACUUGAUGACUCCCACCGUCGCAUACCUUAAAAUCUCAGCAGACUCGAAACGGUCGUUCCUUUACGAGAGUGCGGCGACGACGGAGACGAUUGGCAGGUACAGCUUCGUUGGAGCGGACCCCAAGGAUGUGCUUGUGUCUGGACCUGGACAUGGACCGGAAUGUGACCCUUUGCCGCUGCUCGAGAAGGAGAUCUCGCAGUGCCGUGUUGCGACUGUCCCUGGACUGAAGCUACCACCACUUACUGGAGGGGCAAUUGGAUACGUUGGAUACGACUGCGUUAGGUAUUUUGAGCCUAAGACUGCUCGCCCCAUGAAGGAUAUACUAUGCAUACCCGAGUCUCUAUUCAUGUUGUUCGACACCAUCGUUGCGUUCGACCACUUCUUCCAGGUUAUCAAGGUGAUAACGUAUCUCCGGGUACCAGAUGGAGAUGCCGACAUAGAAAAACUCUACCGGGAAGCCGAGUUGGUACUUCAGAAGAUGAUUCAAAAGCUUUUAGAUCCCAAGGUGCCCAUGCCUCCACAGCCUCCUAUCAAGCCUGACCAGGUAUAUACGUCGAACAUUGGCCAGGCAGGAUAUGAAGGCCAUGUUCACCGGCUAAAGGAGCACAUCGGGAAAGGCGACAUCUUCCAAACCGUGCCAUCCCAACGGCUUGCACGGCCUACCACUCUCCAUCCAUUUAACCUGUUCAGACACCUGAGAUCCGUGAACCCUUCCCCUUACCUAUUUUACAUCGACUGUGCCGACUUCCAGAUCGUUGGUGCCAGCCCUGAGCUCCUGGUCAAGAAAGAAGCAGACAGAAUCAUCACCCACCCCAUUGCCGGUACUGUUCCAAGAGGCAAAACCCCCGAGGAGGACGAGAAGCUUGCCGAAGAGCUCCGCAACAGUCUAAAAGACCGUGCCGAGCACGUCAUGCUAGUCGACCUGGCCAGAAACGACGUCAACCGCGUCUGUGACCCAGCAACCACUCAGGUCGACCGGCUAAUGGUUGUUGAGAAGUUCUCUCAUGUCCAGCAUUUGGUCUCCCAGGUCUCUGGUGUCCUGCGGCCAGAGAAGACCAGGUUCGAUGCAUUCCGAUCCAUUUUCCCUGCCGGGACGGUCAGUGGUGCGCCCAAGGUGCGAGCCAUGCAAUUGAUUGCUGAGCUGGAAGGUGAGAAGCGUGGUGUCUAUGCUGGCGCUGUUGGGUACUUUGGAUAUAACCGCAGCAGCCUUGAUGGAAAGGAGAUCAUCGACGGCGCCAUGGACACCUGCAUUGCGUUGCGGACGAUGGUUCUCAAGGACAACGUUGCCUACCUCCAGGCCGGCGGUGGCAUCGUCUUUGACUCUGAUCCGUACGAUGAGUAUGUUGAGACCCUGAACAAGCUGGGCGCAAACAUCCAGUGUAUAAAGGGGGCCGAGGAGCUGUACCUUGCCCUGGAGAAGGAAUCUGCCGUCAUCACCCCCACUUCACUGACUCAGCCACUUUUCUUCUGCGUCCGCGACGUCAACACCCAAAACUUCAACAUUCACCGAAGUCGAGAUUUUCCCGCCGGCAUCUUCAUAAACGAAUAUCUUCUUGUCUUCCUCUUCCGCUUCUUCUUCUCUCCUUCAUAUAGCGUUUGCUCUGCUGAAGCCGCCGAAAAGACAUCUUCUCCUGCGUCCUUGUUGUCCGUCACCCAGCGGGUUCUGGCUUGGCACGUUCGCUCCAGCGGCCCGACUACGUAA